GUCAACAGAGAGAGAGUAGAGUAGCCUCUGUGAUCUGUGGUCAACAACAACAACAUUUUUGAUUGAGGACAAGGCAAAAAUUAACAAAAGCGUUUUUAUGUUAUUUAGCUUGAAACGCCAGCCACAAACUAAGCAAAAUAAAAUAAAAUCGCGAACAAAUAAAGGGAUACCAGACCUCUAUGAUCUGUGUCAGUUAGCAAUUAACCUCACUUUGUAAGGCUACUCGAAAAACCAAAACAAGAAAAUGAAUUUAAAAGAUUUACCAGAAUCAACUGUAAAACUGGUGUCGAGUUUUCCAAAGGAACAUGCUGGAAAAAUUCUAAAACUUGCUUUGGCCAGUCUACAGCCCCAAAGACAGAAUCUGAUUAAACCCAUAGAAAAAUUGGCCAUUGAAAGAAAUAUACCCAUGGAAAAUCUAUAUGAAAUAUUGAGUGUUUAUAUCGGAAUUAUUAGAUUAUUUGUGCAUAGCACAGAUAAAGAUUUUGUUGCUACGCUAGCCGAUUUAGGAUUUCCAAAUGAUUUUAUGGCAAGUCUGCCAUUUGUAGACAAUAGAAAGGAGCUGGAGGACACGUUUUUCGUGCCAAAUUAUGAUAAUUUUCGAAAUGUGUCCAGCAUGAAAUGGAGAAUAGAUAUCAGUUUACUAAAUAGCGCACUUACGACUAAAACACCACCCAGUGUGAUACUUUCGAUAACGCUCAAAAACGGGAAAUCAUAUACAAUCGAGUUAAAUCCCAAAGCAUUUCAUUUGUUAAGAUUUAAUGUUGCGCGGUUACUAAGAGAAAUGAAAUGCCUGCAACUGAAUUAAAAUUGGCAGAUAGAUCAUCAAAAUAAAAGAACAUGUCAUAUAGUGGACUCAUGUAUUAAUAACUUGCUUAAAAUAUAUUUUAUUUAUAUAA